AUGAAAUCAUCUUCGUCUCGAGACGUAGAUCUUUUAUUCUUUGCUUUACAUCAAGCUAAUCUACAAUGUUCAGAGAAAAGUGGUAUGAGAUAUCCCAUGAGUCGUGGUCUUUAUUUUUACGACCAAUUUACUCGUGUAUCUCAUGUUGGUGGUAUACAUCGAUAUAAACGACAUCCAGAAGAAUUAAAUCAAGCUUUACAUCAUGUUCGAGUUGCUUUAGCUGCUGAAGAUGAUCAACCAGCUAAAACAGAAACAGCAUCACCAACAACUACAAUCAAUCCUACACCUUCUCCAAUUAAACAACAACUUGGGAAACAAACAAAUGAUGUUCUUUUAAGAACAAUUGAACGAAAAUUAAAAGCACCAAUUAUUCCUGAUUUAUUAUUCAAAGAUUUAGAUACAUUAUUUCAACGAUUUGAUGAUAAAUCUAAAACAGCUGUAUCAUCAUCAACACCGAAACUUCCAUCAUCAAUAGCUCCCAAAUCUGCUCAAUCGACUCUUCCUGAUAAUGAACAAGAACUUGAUACAAUGCCAAUUCAAGAAGCUGAUGAUGAAGAUGAAUUAAUAGCAGCAACAUCAAAUGCACCUAAAAUUUCAUUACCAGGUUCAUUAAUUAUUGGACUACAUUCAACAUGGGCUGAUCUUAUUGACAAUACUGAAUAUAGAUAUAAAACUUGGCAAACAAAAGGUGGUGAAGAUAAUUGGCGUCGUUAUGUCGAACGAAAACGUUUAGAACAACUUAAUGCUGAAAAACAUCGAGGUAUUGCUGCUAGUAAACAAAGCAGUUAUCGUCAAGGAACUUCCCGUGCAGGUCAUAAUUCUUUGACAAACCUUUCACGUCAGCAACAGUCAUUAACAUUAAAUCCUCAAAUGCGUUCAAAUCGUUCAUUAUCUCGUGUAUCAUUUAUAAGUACAAAUACUACUUCACAAUUCGAUCAUAUGAAACUACUUAAACCAAUUCAUCAAGGAAGUUUAGAAAGUUUAACUGAAUCAUUUAAAAGUGGUAUUCAUGUUGAAUUUAAAUUAUCAACACAAAUUGAUCAAACAAAACAACAACAACAAUCCCAAAUACAAGCAUUAAAUGAACAAAAAGGUGUCAUGUUUGAUGUACCUAAACCAAUUGUUGAUGUACAUGAAGAUAUUAUUGCAUUAACUCAAGCAAGAUGUAAACGUCUUUUAGCUGAAACAAAACAAAAAAUACUUGCAACAGUGCCAGAUUCAAAUAUUCAAAACCCAAAAAUGUGUAAAGUUUGGUAUUACGGUGAAAAUCAUCUUAUUAGAAAUAAAACCAAUUUAUUAACUUUAAAUGAAUUAGCUCGACGACAAAAAUCAAAAUUUAUUUUUUCAAUUUUACGAAGAGAAAUUCCUGAAAAAUAUAAUAUUGAUAUUGAAAUACCAGAAAUUAAAAAAAAAUGUUAUUUGGAAAUGAUUGAUGGUUCAAGUCAAAUUUAUUAUCCAUCUGGUCGUUUGGCUGUAUUACGUGUUCAAUCACCAAAUUCAAUGAUACUCUUUUUUGAUGAUACUGAUGUUCCAGAAAAUGUAUUUCUCGGUCUUGUUACAUCUAAUGGUAGUGUUCUUAUAAUGCAACCAACACUUCAUGCUCGUUUUGUAACUGAUAAUCAACAUGAACGUGGUUAUAUAUGUAAUGGUAAAACAGGUAUGAUUGAAAAACAACUUCAAUGGCAUUCAAAUAAUUUUGUAACACAACCGACUUUAUCAAAUGAACCUACAACACAUGAUGAAGAUGAAAUACUUCCAGCAUUACUUGAAAGUACUGUUCAAUUACAAUUAAAUUCUUUUAUGCAACUUGAAUAUCAUAAUCCAACAAAUAUACGUUUUGCAUUUGCAUGUCAAAAAGAAGAACUUAAAUUUCAAUUAGGUGUUCAUCUAACAACACAAUCAACAACAUCAGCUGAGUUAACAAAAAAAAAUCUUCUAGAUAAAAAAUUUCAAUCAAAACCAAAAUUAUCAACUAUUCUACCAAGUUCAAUAAAUUCAAAUCAAACAUCAAAUAUGUCAGAAAAACAACAAAUUCAAGUCGAAAGAUUAUUAGAUGGACAAGUUAAUGUUAAAGAAUUACCAAUGAUUAAAGAAUUAAAUAAUUUAAGAAAACGUAUUAGAAAUAUUUGUAAUGAUUGGCUUAAAUCAUGUCGAACAACAUUAGGUGUCAUGGAUAUUGAUUCAUAUUGUUUACCAGAUUGGCCAUCAGCAUCAAAUCAAUUAAUUGCUCCAAUUAUUAAAUCUCAUCAAAGUAAAAGUGCUAAACAGCCUCGACAUGUAACAAUAUUAACAAAAAAUGAUUCAACAAAUAAUGAAUUUCUUCAAGCAAGUGAAAGAGAACAAAUUAUACGAACACAUUCAGCAAAAAAACCUCAACCAAAUCUUAUUGCAAAUGCAAUUAUGCAAUUUGUGCCUCGUUCGGAUAGUGGAAAAAUUAUGAAACAAAAAAUUUAUUCGAAGAACAAUCGUUUAUCAACAACUCUGCCAGCUAUCAAAACUCCCGCGGCAUUAAUAUCAAAUGAAGAAAGACCAUCUUCUCGUACUGUAAUGCCAGGUGAUCUUCCAAUUGCUUGUCCUAAUUUAAUUCGUCAACGUCUUAUUCAAGAUGGUCCAGUAUCAACAAUAAUACAUGAAACAUGUACAUGUCGUGCUGAUCAUAUUCCAAUUAUUCAUGAUCUUGAAUUUGAUACAUUUAUUGAAUUAACAGGACAAAUAAAUCCUAAACAAUUAAUUGUAGUAGGUAUAAUAAAUUCAAAUCUUCGUCAAAUUGAAGAUGAUCUAAAUCAACAAUCAAAUGAAGUAUAUGAAAUUCUUCAAACAUUACAUUAUCACCUUAAUUAUGGUCGUAGUCAAAUAUCUAUAUGUCGUUUAUCAACCAAUGAUGAUUAUCGUUGUUUAAUAUAUGAUUUAGCCGAAGCAACAAAACAUAGUUCAUUAUAUGGACCAUUACUUGUACGACGUCAUAAUGUUAAACCUGGUUUUGUUCUUAUUUAUCAACAUGGACAAGUUAUUUUCGGUGAUUCGAUAUUUAAUGGCUAUGGAAAAAACUUACAAGACUUAAAAAAACAAUUAAAUCGUAUGAGACACCAACAAAUUGCUUUACCCGAAGAAUUCAAAUUCAUGUUUGUACUUUUAAAAUUAAAUUAUGCAUUUGUGUUUGUUUUUAAUUUUGUUUGUUUAUUUAGUUCUGAUCAUCGACGAACAAACCCAACAGUUUUGAAAUCAGUUUGA